CCACUGGGAGGCAUCAUGAAGUGGCUUUGCCUUUUUGUCCUGUGCGGAGUCGUUUUUGCCAAGAAUCCUGAAGAGAAUGACUAUCUUUAUGAAGGGGACAUGAUACUAACAGCUGAUCAGCGCAUGGCGGCCAACAGGGGACUGGAUGUGGAUAAUCCAUUGGGGAGAGGUGCAACUAAAGGCAGACAGUGGCCGGGAGGGGUUAUGGCUUAUGUCAUUGACUCCAGUUUAUCUCGCGAUAGAAGAGCAAUGGCCGCCAUCCGAGAAGGAAUGGAGGAAUGGACAAGUAAAACAUGUAUUCGAUUCAAGAAGAGAACAAAUGAAAGAGCUUAUGCCAACUUCAAACUUGGUUCUGGAUGCUCCUCUUACGUGGGAAGGACUGGCAGUCGUCAGGAUAUUAACCUUGCAAGUGGAUGCUGGCACAGGGGAAUUGUGGCUCACGAAAUUGGGCAUGCCUUGGGCUUCUAUCAUGAACAGUCUCGUCCUGACAGAGAUAAUUACGUCACAAUUAUGUGGGACAACAUUAUCGAGAGAAACAAAUUUAAUUUCAACAAAUACAAUCGAGGAACCAUUGACAGCCUGGGAACCCCGUAUGACUAUGGAAGUGUGAUGCAUUAUGGGGGCAGAGCUUUUAGCAAGAACGGAAGACCUACUAUCGUUGCCAAGCGAUCUGGGGUAACACUAGGUCAGCGACGGGGCAUUAGUGCAAUAGACGCGCAGCAGAUGAAUCUCCUGUACAAGAGUCAAUGUGGGGGAGGGGGAGGAGGAGGUGGCGGUGGGGGAGGUGGUGGAGGAGGAAAUUGUAAAGACACUGAUCGAAGAUGCGGCGGAUGGACGGGAUAUUGCAGUUACCACAGAUAUGUGAGGGCAAACUGCAAGAAGACCUGCAACCUAUGUUAAUCAACUGAAAAAAGGUCAAAUGCCAUUUUUGGGGAGGUUCUGCUGUAGUUUAACUUAAGGUAGAGUGGGCUGAUAGAAUAAAACGUGAAUCAAAAAUCAGAGUUUGUUUAUUUGUCUUUU